GCAAUGUGGUGAUAGUGUGGUAGUGUGGCGAUGCUUUGCUGCUUCAGGGCCAGGGCGACUUGCAAUAAUUGAGCGGAACAUGAAUUCUGCUCCCUUCCAGAAAUUCCUAAAGAAGAACGACUGGUCAUCAGUGUUUGUGUUGAAGCUCAAGUGCAUCUGGAUUAUGCAGCAAGACAAUGAUCCAAAGCAUAGGAGUAAGUCCACCUCUGAAUGACUCCAAAGAAGCUAAAUUAAAGUUUUGGAUUGGCCUAGUCAAUGUCCUGACUUGAACCCGAUUGUGAUGCUGUUGCAGGAACUUAAACGGGCAGUUCAUGCUCGAAAACCCUACAAUGUGGCUGAACUAAAGUAGUUCUGCGAAGAAGAGUGGGCCAAAAUUCCACCACAGCUUUGUGAAAUACUGAUCUCCAGUUAUCACAAGCAUUUGGUUGCAGUUGUUCCUCCUAAAGGUGGCACAACCAGCUAUUAAGUUUAAGGGGGCAGUUGGUUUUUCACAUGGGUUAUAUAGGUGUUGGAUAACUUUUUUCGCUUCAAUAAAAAAUAUAUAUAUUUGAAAAAUGUAUAUUGUGUUUACUCAGGUUGCCUUUGUUCUAUAUUAUAUCUCAUUUGAAGAUCUAAAACAAAUUAGUGUGAAAAAUACACAAAAAUAGAAGAAAUCAGGAUGGGGGCAAAUACUUUUCCACAGCACUAUAUGACCUCAUUCAUGAAACACGACAGGAAGUAUUGUACUGUAAAAAUUGUUGCAUUGUAUUAAAUGACAGAACUGUUUUACAAACAAUUUACUCAUUCAUUUUACAUGUGUUUCUAGAAUGAGGCCCAUAAACCAUUUUUCCACAGAUAAACUGUAUUUUUAGACUGACAUUAUUAUUAGUGGACUGAACAUCAGAAUUUCCUUAUCUAUUUUUACUCAGACAAACUAAAUGUACUGUUAUUUACUCAUCGGCUCCCUAGUUCUUCAUUAAGCGACAAGAUCAAUUUCUGAAUUUGGCUGAAUGCAUUGCAGCCAUUUUCCAUGCAGAGGGGUGUGUGCAUGUGUGUUCAGUACUGACAGAUUGCGGGAAGCUGCAUAUUUUUUUUUCCCUCUUCCUAAGCCAAUCAGCAUUGCUUUGAUAUGAGUCACUACAACACCCUGCCCAUAUAGGCCAAAAAGGGAGGGGCUGUUUCUCAGUCAGGACAGUGAAAUGGUGGCUGCUUGUACAAAUACAGCAGCAGCACCAUUAGGAACUGUGCAGCUACAGACGCAUUACAGAAUCAAACAAGACUGAAAGACUUUGGGACCAAAGCUCAAGGUUCAAACUCAUCUAUGGCAGACAAACAGCAGAUCAAAGUGACUGCAGUCAAAGUGCUGGGCUAUGUGGAGAAGAUCUCGUCCUUUGCCGCCUCCAUAGAUCCUCUCUUUGGGAUCGUGACCUCUGUAGUUGGGGUGGUUAGGAAAGGCCUAGUUGAUGAGGAGGAUCAAGAACUGGACAAGGACUUCAAGCAGAUCCAUGACAAGCUGGAAAACAUCUCUGAGAAGAACAAGCAGACGCUUAAACAGAUCCGCAUUGACGAAAUCAACGAGACGUUUGGUAAAUAUGAGGAGUUCAUUAAGCACCAGUAUGGAGCUUUCAACACCAUGUUGGAAAGAGUAAAGCAGGAUCCUGACAACUCGGUUCAUCACAUGAAGGAGUUUGUGAAGAUCUACGAGAGGGACAAAAGUGACAUGAGCUUAGAUGUGUAUUAUCGUGGUGUGAUGGGCUCUGGGGCUCUUUUUGGGAGGCCUAUGCUGAAGGUGUACCUGGAACACUGCGACAAGAACAGAAAGGUGAUGGAGGCUAGGUGCUCGCACCUGGCUCACCUGUUCUACAUUGGUCUAAUGGCACUAAUGGCCUACACCUCUGUCACCGAAGAUGACGAGGAUGAAGUGAGAGACAAAUGGGCCCAAAGGGUAAUUGAUAUUCAAGCAAAGAUGCAAGAAGCUCUGGACCAAUGUACAGAGGAGAAGUGAAGGCGGAAGGUUGCACUGAAAGAUUACAUUGACAAAUCCAUUUUAGAUUUCUGAAAGUUUGAAUCUGGAAGCGUGUAUGUAUAAUUUGUGGGUAAUGGGGCAUAAAGUGGGUAAUUUAAAAAAAAAAUGCAAUACUAGAGUGUCCCUGUAGUGCAAUGUUCUAGACAUGUCUUGGCCAAAGCCUUUUUGUUCUGCUUUCCAUUCCUUUUUAAGCAUGUUGCAGGUCAUUAUUAUGUGAAUGUGUAUGUAACAUCUGAAUCUUUGACGUGAGAUACAAUUAUUAUUUACUUCAUUAUGUUUUGUGGACUUCUUUGUGUAAUAAAUGUAGAUAUUUUUCUCUCGAAUCGUGGCAGUUAGUCUUCAAUCUUAUAAAAUGUGAUUUCUGUCUAGUCAUUUCAUGACAUGAGCGCACAAAGGGCUGUGAUUUACUUACGGAACCAGGUGAAUAUAGAAGUUGCACUGAUUUGCAUUCAAUGCAAACUCACCCGAAGUUUUCAGAGACUGGAAUGCCAUGGUUGGUCGGUCUACUCGAAGCCUAUUUGGGAAAUAAAUAUGGUGUGCUUAUAUAAUAAAGCAGAAUUACUUUGAACUUGCUAUCUGAUUCCUU